AUGGAGAAUUAUCCCCCCGUUCCUUUUCCGAAACGUCAAGCCCCGAAGCAAACAAGCUUAGGCUCGUUCUUUACAACUCUUGCAACAAACACGAUGAACACAUUAUCGUCAUCUUUAGUUCCGCACUAUACGUAUGAAGGGAAUCCAUACAUCUUCAACACUGUGUGUGACUGCCUCAAUCGUAUGGAUUAUACUGGUCUUGAGUAUCAAUGCACCAACGGGAUUCCCGCGGAGUUGCGGUGUUACAUUUGGUAUGCUUUGUUACUUCGACCGACGGAUCCAUGGGAGAUUCGUGCGUUAUAUUCGGAAGCUCAGGGUACUCAAUAUCGAAGUAUGCAGUCGAUGUUGAAGAACAUUGACUCUGCGGGGUUACAAGAGAUGCAAGAGAUCUCGAAGAUUGAUUCGAAGACCUUACGAGUGAUCGAGUGCGAUAUUGUGCGAACAUUUCCGGAAGGUGCGGAGUAUUUAUUUAAGAUGCCUGAGAUCGUUCAAAUGCUCAAGAGGAUAUUGAUCAUCUAUUCUAUUAUUCAUACCAAUCGUGGAUACUUCCAAGGACUGAAUGAUAUAGUAGGGUUACUCAUUGUGGCGUUUUUAGAGCCAAGACAAUAUGAUGGAGUGUUUGUAUUACCAACAGAAGACGUUUUAUUUCAAAGUGAGAGUACUGUUUACUUCAUCUUAGAGAGUAUUAUGGAGAAGUUAUAUCCAAACAACUCGACGGUGUUUCAUGUGGAUCAUUUGAUGACGAAAUUCAUUAACACCAUCGACGAUUACUUUGACUUGAUUGCGGGGAGUCAAAUCAAUCGACCAAAUAGUGAUAUUGUGAAACAACAAACAUACCGCUGGUUUGUCUGUUUGUUCUCGCGGGAGUUUCAUUAUCAUAUGACCUUUGCGAUCUGGGACAAUUUUAUAGUUCGGAAUGGAUUCACCGAGUUCAUCAUCUUCUUUGCAUUAAGUAUGAUCCUUACUGUCACUGGGAAGUAUAACACUUCCGACAUCGAGAAGUUCAACGACUCACUCAAAGCGUUUUUGAAUCAAAUGAAGGGUGAUGACUUGUGUGGGAUUAUUACGACUGCUUAUACGCAUCAACAGUCAUUUAACACUAUAGGAAAUGUUGUUUAUUGA